AUGCGGUCCGUCAAGACCUUCGGCCCCACAGAGGGGCCCCGCAGCAGCAGCAACGCCUCUCGGCUUGUGGGGCCCCCAGCGUCAGCAGCAGCAGGGGCCUCCUGCUGCGACUGCAGCAACAGCAGCAGAAACAGCAGCAGCAGCAGCAGCAACAGCAGCAACAGCAGCAGCUGCUGCUGCAGCAGUGAAUACACAGCAGAAUCCUUAUCUAGAGCUGCAGCACAGCAGCAAGCUGCAGCAGCAGCAUUCAUAGCAGCAGCAGCAGCAGCAGCAGCAGCAACGGCAGCAGCAGCAGCACAUUCCCAGCAGCAGCAGAAGCAACACCAGCAACAGGAGCAGCAGAAGGAGCAGCAGCAGGACCACAAGCAGCAGCAGCAGCAGCAGCAGCAGCAGCAGCAGCAGCAGCAGCAGCAGCAGCAGCAGCAGUUGCUGCAGCAGCAAAGGACAAUGGCUCCUAAGGGGCGGGGGCGCGUCUCUGCAGGGGAGGAGACAUCAGAAGAUGAGGAUACACCCCAGCAGCUAGCUAGCAGCAGCAGCAGCAACAGCAGCAGCAGCAGCAGCAGCAGCAGCAGCAGCGAAGCCAGUGAUGAUUCAGAUCGAGAAGAAGGCUGCGCGGGGCUGAUAGAGUCGCUGCAGCAGGAGCAGCAGCACAAGCAGCAAGCGUCAGCUGCUGCUGCUGCUGCUGCAGCAGCAGCAAAGAAAUGCGAUGGAGCAGCAGAGGGGACGCUGCAGCUUAUGAGAGAGACAGAUGCAGCAAGUUUUGGGUUUGAGGAGAUACUGUCUGCUGUUGAAGGCAGCACGCAGCACGGGGAGCUGCAGCAGCAGCUGACGGUUCUUGCUGCUCCAUCUCGUCGUGCUGCUGCUGCUGCUGCUGCUGCUGCAGCUGAAGCAGCAGCAGCAGGGGAUGAGGACGCAGCAGCAGCAGCAGCAGCAGCAGCAGCAGCAAAGCAAGCAGAGCUGGACUCUGGGGUUCUGCCUGAGCGUCUCCCGCUGCAGCAGCAGCAGCUGCUGCAGCGGCAGCAGCAAUAUGAAUACGCGCAGCAGGAUGCAUGCAAGUGGAUACCAGUGGUGCUGCAGCAGCAGCAGCAAAGACAGCAGCAUUUCGGGCCGUCAGCAGCAGCAACACGCAGCAGCAGCAGCUGCUGCAGGAGAAAGCACUCGCACCAGCAGACCCCAUCAAGAGACAGGUAA